CGCAGGCUACUAUCAGUCAUCUGCCUACCAUUGUCACCAUGCGCUGCUUCCUCAGCCUCGCUCUCGGCCUGUUGGCCCUGGAAGUGGCCCUCGCUCAGAAUCCACGGGAACAAGUCCUCGACUCAGUCCAGGUCAUGUGCCCUGAAGCCAGCGCCAAUGAGAACCCAGAGUGUAUCAACUGUCGUACCAAAGCAGAGUGUGCCCAGAAUGCCUUGUGUUGUCGCAGUUCCUGCAACGCCAUCUGCAAGACUCCUGUCAACAUUGAUGCUCCAAAGGUUGGCCACUGCCCCUGGAAUCCAGUCAACCUGAUCCCCGCUGGCCCAUGUCUGGAGAAAGACUCAUGUUCCAGGGACAGUGAUUGUGCUGGCAACAAGAAAUGCUGCAAAUAUGGCUGUGCCAUGCAGUGUAAGAGCCCACAAGAAGCGGGGAAAGGCGGAGGGCGUGGCCUGCGGCCGACCUCGCCCGGCUACGUCGCUUCCGGCGGCGCGCUGAUGACGUAUGUGAGCGCGCCGGGCCGCGUGGAGACCGUUCGGCGAAUGGAGGUCAGCGAGGGUGUUUGCUGCGCCGGUCUCGCGUCAUGGAGAGCCCGGGUUGCUGAGCGGAACAAGACUCGGCACGAUUGUUGA